UUUUAACAUUUAUGAAUAAAUACAAAAGAAAAGCAAAACCGGCACUAGUCUUCUUCUUGGGGUUGGGUAGGUUGAGUGAGUCAGUCUCAGUCUCAGUCACACAUUUGAAUAUUUAAAGCUUAAAGCUUUUUCAUGGAAGGAGACGACCAGACCAUUUCAAAUCCAAUGGGUCUUCGCUAUCAUUAUUUAUUACAUUAUUUCAAAUCCAAUGGCUCUUCACUUUCACUUUCACUUUCACUUUCACUUUCAGUAAGAACAACAACAACAAGAAGAAGAAUAAUAUGGCCUUUACUCCACAAUCAGCUGCCGAGAAAGCUGUUUCCGUUAUAGGCUCCGGCUACGAUAUCUCUACCGAUAUCAAAUUCUCUUCUUGUAAAUUGGGUCCUUCCGGCUCCAGAUUGAUCGACCUCGACCUAACCCACACAAGAGACCUCCUUGUUCCUUCUGGGAUUCUUCUUCCCCAUGUUCCCACCUCCAUCAGCUGUGAUAAAGGGGAACGCACCAGAUUUUGUUCCCAUGUUCUUUCUUUUAAUCAGAUGUCAGAGCAAAUGAAUAAGGAGUUGUCUUUACCUGGAAAAAUUCCUUGUGGGAUGUUUAAUGCUGCAUUUGGCUUCAGGGGAUGCUGGGAAAAGGAUGCAGCCUCCGCAAAGAGUCUUGCUUUCGAUGGUUGGUUCUACUCUCUUUACAAUAUUGAGCUAGCAAGGUCCAACAUUGCACUAUCGAAACAAAUCAAACAAGAAGUACCCAGUUCUUGGGACCCUGCCGCCCUUGCUGAGUUCAUUGAAAAGUACGGUACUCAUGUUGUUGUUGGGGUAAAGAUGGGAGGCAAGGAUGUAGUUCAUGUAAAACAACUACAAAACUCACAACUUCAGACCAAUGAAGUGCAGAAAUUGUUGAAAGAAUUAGCCGAUGAAAGGUUUUCUGAAAAUGUGGAUAAACAGCCGGCUAAUGAACUAUCCGGAAAAAUUAAGGAAGAGUGGUCGAUGCCGUUGGAUUUUCACAACUCAUUUGCUGCCUCAUUUAGGCCACCUGCCAUCACAUCAAUAAAAGAUGACAUAAUGAGCAUAAGUAUUCGAAAGGGAGGCAUUGACGUCGGUCAAGAUCAUAAAACAUGGCUUUCAACUGUAUCACAAUCACCUAAUGUAAUAUCAAUGACUUUUGUGCCAAUAACUUCACUCCUAGGUGGCGUUCCGGGAAAUGGAUUUCUAAGCCACGCAGUUAAUCUAUAUCUUAGAUAUAAGCCACCAAUAGAGGAACUGCAUCAAUUCUUGGAAUUUCAGUUACCGCGUCAAUGGGCACCUGUGUAUGGCGAUUUGCCUCUCACUCUUAGGCACAGAAAACUUGCAUCCCCAUCUCUUCAAUUCACUUUUAUGGGCCCCAAGCUUUAUGUUAACACUAUGAAGGUUGAUUCAAGAAGACGACCAGUCACAGGACUCCGGUUAUACUUAGAAGGUAAGAAAAGUGACCAUCUAGCAAUCCACCUCCAGCAUCUCUGUACACUUCCCGAUAACCUCCAUAUCUCAGACGAUCAUGGUUACGAGUCCACCAAUGAACCUGUGGAGCGAGGAUACUAUGAACCUGUUAAGUGGAGCAUUUUCUCACAUGUUUGCACUGCCCCGAUACAAUGUAAUGGCGCCUGUAUUGACGAGUCUGCUUCAAUUGUUACAAAAGCUUGGUUUGCAGUUAAAGUUGUUGGAAUGAAGAAAGUCUUGUUCCUGAGGCUUGGAUUUUCAACAGUGGCAUCGGCCAAAAUUCGUCGAUCAGAAUGGGAAGGGUCUUCAAACUCAUCCAGAAGAUCAGGAUUUCUCUCACAGCUGAUUAGCACAAGAUUCAGUUCUGCAUUAAAUACACCCGAGAAGCCGGUGAGAGUGGACUUAAGUUUAGCUGUGUAUCCUGAUGGUCCUCCUAAACCUGCUAAGGCACCCAAAAUGGCAAACUUUGUAGAUACUAAGGAAAUGGUGAGAGGUCCAAAUGACCCACCUGGAUAUUGGGUUAUCACUGGAGCAAAGCUGUGUGUUGAGGGUGGUAGGAUUUCAAUCAAAGUAAAGUACUCAUUAUUGACCAUACUAUCAGAGGACUCAAUGUUGUUUAUGUAAAACAAAACCAAAUUCUAUUGUUCCUGUAAAUUUUAUGGUGUACAUUUACAUUAUUUAAAUUCAUUUACAGAUAUAUAAAUUGGCUCAAGAAGACUUGUAACUUUGAAAUCUAGUUUUUUUUUUUU